AUGGCCACCGAACUUACCGUCCAAUCUGAGCGCGCUUUCCAAAAGCAGCCUCACAUCUUCCUCAACUCCAAGGUCAAGACCAAGACUGCCAGACCUGGCAAGGGAGGACGAAGAUGGUACAAGGACGUCGGAUUGGGAUUCAGAACACCAAAGACCGCGAUUGAGGGAACCUACAUUGACAAGAAGUGCCCCUUCACUGGUCUCGUUUCCAUCCGUGGCCGUAUCUUGACCGGAACUGUUGUUUCCACCAAGAUGCACCGAACCCUCAUCAUCCGCCGAGAAUACCUCCACUUCAUCCCAAAAUACUCCAGAUAUGAGAAGAGACACAAGAACCUUGCUGCGCACGUCUCGCCAGCUUUCCGUGUGGAGGAGGGUGACCAAGUUACCGUUGGACAAUGCAGACCCCUGAGCAAGACCGUCCGAUUCAAUGUUCUCCGCGUCCUCCCCCGAACUGGCAAGGCUGUUAAGCAGUUCAACAAGUUCUGA